AUGGAAGGAGUAUUUGAGGGGCCAUUCGGUAAGCUUGUAAGGUUUGUGAAAGCCAUUUGGGGGCCUAUAUAUGAUGGGAAGCACCUCCAAGAAAUACUAAAAAAUGAUUUGAAAGAGAGAAGGUUGCAUCACACACUAACUAAUGUUGUCAUUCCAACUUUCGCCAUUAAGACGCUUCAACCCGUUAUUUUUUCUUCCUAUAAGUCACGUGACCUUAUAAACAUUUGCUUCUUCUUCAUUUCAGCCUGUUUUGAAUCUGUUGUUGCUCCUUCAAUCGAAGAAUUGCAUGGCCAUUCCGGAAUUGGCCGACUUCUGUUAUUCUACACCCGUGCAUUGUGCGGUCUGGUAGACCAAAAUAAUGGAAUUGGAGUAGCAAAUGCUGGAGUUGUCUAUUUUAACAACAGACUUUUAGCAAUGUCCGAAGAUGAUUUACCAUAUCAAAUUAGGGUUACUCCUUCUGGGGAUUUGCAAACUGUAGAGAGAUAUUCCUUUAAUGGAGAAUUGAAUUCUACAAUGAUAGCUCAUCCCAAAGUUGAUCCAGUUUCCGGUCAAAUGUUUGCUUUGAGUUAUGAUGUAGUUAAGAAACCUUAUUUAAAAUACUUUUAUUUUAACCCAGAUGGGCCUAAAUCCCGAGACGUUGAAAUUGAUUUUGAAGCACCAACAAUGAUGCAUGAUUUCGCAAUCACUAAGAAUUUUGUCAUAAUUCCUGAUUCUCAAGUUGUGUUUAAGCUUCAAGAAAUGAUUCGAGGUGGUUCCCCUGUUUGCUUACCUCGCCAUUGCUGA